AUGUCGCGCCUUUGGCUGAGCAGCCUGAGCGGGCUGCUCGCCUUACCCGCUUAUGCCCCAAAUCCCGAGGCCUUGCCAUGCGUCAACGCUCGGGCCGCCCAGUUCAAGCCGAACACGGCGGUCGGUCACGGCGUGGUGGUGGAGGAGGAAAAGCUCCCUGAAAUCAUGGUGACAGUGGAUGGCAUCGGACAUCAUGGUGACGAUUUCGGGGAGUGCCGCUUCUCACGAAGACUCCGUGAACCGUUCCGUCGCAUGGCGCCGUGCCCGCAGCAGAAGCGCCCGCAGCUUCGCGCCGUGACCGAAGCCCAGAGCCCAGGAUUCUCGGGGAAGAUCUCGUUUUCUCGGAACUUCUCGGACAUCGGUGUCCAGGGCCAGGCGAUCUCCCCUUCGUGGAACGAUCCGCCUUCGGACAUGGCGGAAGCUCCCUACAAGUAUUUGCAAUGGAUCUUGGCCGAGAACUGCGGCCAACCGCUGGCACAGCUGGCCACGGAGUUCGCCACGCUGCCGGAAGUGAUCUCCCGAGGGCUCCGUGGGGUCUUCAUGCUUUGGAGCCUCUACAUCCUGGGGAACUUCUUGGCGGUGGCCGUCAUGAGCAUCUUUCAAGUGGCGCCCCUGCAACGCCGCUGCUGGGGCUUCUUCCGGCAGAGCAGCUAUGACUAUAAGAGCUUGGUGG